AUGCUUCCGCUCAUAGUUGCACCCAUAGGCUUGGGGAUCCGUCGUGUUGCCCUUCGGCCCCAUACCUUAGCCGCGUUCGUGCGGCUCAAGUCCAAUUUGCCCCAAGACUUCAACCCCAAAAAGAGCUUACCAUCGGAAGGAGAAUGGAAGCAUCUCAAGCAGCACAUUCCAGGCGAAAAUGUCCAGUCCAACGAGAUUAGGGACAGAAUUCCCCGUUUCCCGCUCGUCAAGGAAAGUAUUCCCACCCUCUUGCCAAAACCUGGUGUGCCUCAAGUGGGGCCAAAGCACACAUUCCGUCAAGUGGUCCAAAUCCUCAAGAGCAAGACCCAGCCUGAACUCAUCUACGAGUCGGAGCCUCACAGACUUUACUUCCUUGCCUGCUUCUGCUUUGCUACCAUUCUCACGAUCUACGGUUUGGUCUUAGCGGAGUUCGCGUGGUUCCAGGCCAACAGGGACUACGAGGAAAACGAAAAAGAACACAACGAGGCCCUCAGAAAAAGAGAGUGGGUGUUCUCGUUGGCCAAGAACUCUGUCUUCAGUAUCAUUGCUUUGGGGGCUGCGUUUUUUGCGGGAAAGUUUCCUACUAGGUUGAUCCGUCGAAUGUGGUACAUGCCAGGUCCAGUCGAACACAUCAAGUUCACCACCUAUCCUAUGAUCCCUGGACGUCCUACUCCCGUGAUCACCAUCCCAUUGGAACACUUGACUAGAAGACACAAGGCCAGAGUUUGGACUGGAAAAGGUUUCUACGGCACUGCUGACAACUCGAUGUUUUUCUUUGUUUUGAAUGAGGCCAUUGGAGGCGGAAAAAGGACCAGAAACUGGAUUGUAGACAGAAAGGGCUUUUUCUGGUCCGAUGGACGUGUUUUUGACUUCUUGUUCGGGAAGGAGACGUUGGCUGAGGCAGAAGCAGGAAUUCCCUACGACGAGCAGAUCGGGAUCAUGAACAGAGAGGUCAAGAAGAAAAAGAAGCAAUUGCGUGCUGAGCAUGGGAUGUUCUACCAGUGGAAGUGGGGAGCCAAAGAGCUCCAGAAGGACAUUGGCGUGGCUGGAAGCUACGUAAAGUCGUUGAGAUCCAAGGACAAGGACAAUGUGGGCAAGAUCGGCGGAAAGAAGCACUGA